AUGAAGCGCUCGGUGGCCGCUUGGCUCUUGAUCGGGCUCAGCCUCGGUGUCCCGCAGUUCUGCAAAGGUGAUAUUUGUGAUCCCAAUCCAUGUAAAAAUGGAGGUGUUUGUUUGUCAGGAUUGUCUGACAAUUCCUUUUCCUGUGAGUGUCCAGAUGGCUUCACAGAUCCCAACUGUUCUAGUGUUGUGGAGGUUGCAUCAGAUGAAGAAGAGCCAACUUCAGCAGGUCCCUGCAUUCCUAAUCCAUGCCAUAAUGGAGGAACCUGUGAAAUAAGUGAAGCAUACCGAGGGGACACAUUCAUAGGUUACAUCUGUAGAUGUCCUCGAGGAUUUAAUGGGAUUCACUGUCAGCACAACAUAAAUGAAUGUGAAGCUGAGCCUUGCAAAAAUGGUGGAAUAUGUACAGACCUUGUUGCUAACUAUUCCUGUGAGUGCCCAGGUGAAUUCAUGGGAAGAAAUUGUCAAUACAAAUGCUCAGGCCCAUUGGGAAUUGAAGGUGGCAUCAUAUCAAAUCAACAAAUCACAGCUUCCUCUACCCACCGAGCUCUUUUUGGACUCCAGAAGUGGUAUCCCUACUAUGCACGUCUCAAUAAGAAGGGGCUUAUAAAUGCAUGGACAGCUGCAGAAAAUGACAGAUGGCCAUGGAUUCAGAUAAAUUUACAAAGAAAAAUGAGAGUCACUGGUGUGAUUACUCAAGGAGCUAAAAGGAUUGGAAGUCCAGAGUAUAUAAAAUCCUACAAAAUUGCCUAUAGCAACGAUGGAAAAACUUGGACAAUGUACAAAGUAAAAGGCACCAAUGAAGACAUGGUGUUUCGUGGAAAUGUUGAUAACAACACACCCUAUGCUAACUCUUUCACACCCCCGAUAAAAGCUCAGUAUGUAAGACUCUAUCCGCAAGUUUGUCGAAGACACUGCACUUUGAGAAUGGAACUUCUUGGAUGUGAACUCUCAGGCUGUUCGGAGCCUCUGGGGAUGAAAUCAGGACAUAUACAAGACUAUCAGAUCACUGCAUCAAGCAUCUUCAGGACUCUCAACAUGGACAUGUUCACUUGGGAACCAAGGAAAGCUCGACUGGACAAACAGGGCAAAGUGAAUGCCUGGACCUCUGGCCACAAUGACCAGUCACAAUGGUUACAGGUGGACCUUCUGGUCCCUACCAAAGUAACUGGCAUCAUUACACAAGGAGCUAAAGAUUUUGGUCACGUACAGUUCGUAGGCUCCUACAAACUAGCUUACAGCAAUGAUGGAGAACACUGGACUGUAUACCAGGAUGAAAAGCAAAGAAAAGAUAAGGUUUUCCAGGGCAAUUUUGACAAUGAUACCCACAGGAAAAACGUCAUCGACCCUCCCAUCUAUGCACGGCACAUCAGAAUCCUCCCCUGGUCCUGGUAUGGGAGGAUCACGCUGCGCUCGGAGCUGCUGGGUUGUACAGAGGAAGAGUAAGGAGCCUCCACACCCCACAACCCUCUUCUCUGUCCCCCUAGAACUAUCUCCAUGGGAAGAACUGUGCAAACUCUGUAG